UGGCUCAUUCAUGAGAGGACUCUGCAGUGUGGUGUUUGUCACACAGCACUUACAUACAGAAAGGCUAACUUCAUGGACACCAGAGCUAUUUUCAAAGCUUCCGGUUUCCUUAUCCUAACGGUCAUUGGCAUCCCAUCCAAUCUGUUCAUCUGCUGUGCCUUCCUUCACACACGACUGACUGAAGCUAAGCUCACUCCCGCUGAUGUCAUCCUGUGCCACUUGGCAGUCGCCAAUCUGACCUCAACCAUUACCCGCAGUUUCUCUCAGAUGCUGACAGCAUUCGGCUACCGGAACAUAUAUGAUGACUUUAGCUGCAAACUGGUUGUCUUCUUCUUUCGUGUGUCGAGAAGUCUCUCCAUAAAGCUCACCUGCCUCCUGAGCACAUACCAAGCCGUGCUCGUUGCCCCUGCCACCUCCAUACUUGACUCCCUAAAACACAGAAUCCCAAAGUACUUGCAGCACAUUAUUGUGAGUUUCUAUGCAUUUUGCUUCGCUACUAGUGUUCAUUUACUUCUGUAUUCCUCCUCGAAUCUUAUCAACAACACCAUACCCCCCUACACAUUUAAUUAUGAGUACUGCUAUGUUACAUAUCCCGAUUAUACUUUUUUUAUUUCCAUUGGUCUGUCCCUCUUUUUCAGGGAUUUUGCCUUCAUAGUGAUGAUGGCUGUCAUGAGCUGCUACAUCUUGGUGUUGCUUUACCGGCACAGUAAAAAAGUGAAGAACCUACGAAGUUCAGACCAUGGAAACUCAAGAUCCAGAGCAGAGACCAAGGCCUCCUUUGCAGUAGUCACUUUGGUUAUCCUCUACACUGUCUUCUUUGGUGUGGACAAUGCAAUCUGGCUUUAUUCACUCACCAUUGUCAGGGUGGCGCCCCUUAUUUCAGACAUCAGGGGCUUUUUCUCUAUUCUUUACACGUCUGUGUGUCCUGUCGUGGUCAUUGCUACCAAUCCUAAAGUGAAAGCCAAGCUGAAACUGCCCAGGCUCAGGGGGCUACCUCACUCGGUUGAUACCAGCUUGCCUACUAUGUGACAGGAAACUGGCAGAGUGAAUAAAAGAGGUGCCUGGAAUUGUCACACAGGGAAGAGUGAACAAGCACUUUGUCUAAAAAUGUAAUAAAAUUAA